CAAAAUCACACCAUCUACUCCUGAUAGAAUUCCAGAUAGAAUUGAAGGAUGUAAUCUACCCAUCUCAUAUCAUUUUUCCUGUUUAUGCAGAUAAGGCAUAAUGUAUAGACAAAAUAGAAUUUGGAUGUAUGAUAAACAUGCGGUAUUGUACGGAAUGCAAUCAAAUUUUCUUGAAGGAGUUGAGGAGUUUAUUAAAUUCGCACUUGAACACCCGACUUAUAUGAGUGGUGAUAAAAUCAGAUGUCCAUGUUCAAAGUGUAAAAAUCUCAAAUUUAAACACCCAGACGAAGUUGGGUGGGAUUUGUACGCGGACAGUUUCCUUCCCAAUUAUUACAAUUGGACUUCUCGUGGCGAACCUUUGGAUCCAUCUGUUUUACCACAAACGGUAGGUUCGUCUCGUAACGUCCCUGCAGAGAUGAGUGCGUGGGGAGACCCUGCUGAAAUGAG